AUGGACCGGUUUUACACCAGUGCCCUGUUUGCUCCAAUCACUACAAGAUCACACCAGACGGGAAACUUUGCCGUCAUGGUGGAAGGGUUAAAGGCCAGGAAUGCUCGGGUUCGAGGAAACGGGUGGAUGCGCCACAGGAUGACGGCCGUUUUUAAACGCGUACCACUGCACGAUCACAUUCCAAAAUUGUGUAGAGAAAAAUGUAGCAAUGCACUGCACGAGUUACUGACGGCCGUUUGUUGUGACUCCGGUGAUCCCGCUCACUGGUGCAGACUUUUUUUGUUUUUUCCAUACGUCCUUCAAAAACCUGCCAGAGGGGGACGCCGGGUCAACCAAGGCAACCAGAUUAACAAGCGCCUGUCCGAAUACUCCACGAUUGAGGUUACGUCCCUGCUCUCGGGUUUUGAAAACCACAUCAACGCAAAUCCACGCGGCCACAACCCUGACCGGUGGAUAAAUGCGGUGUCUUCUUGCAUAGAGCAGGGAAACGUUUCAGCAGCCGUGCUCAAGGCCAUAAAGUCUUUUGGAAAUGGCUCGUCCGGAGGUCUCGACGGUUUGCGCCCUCAGCAUCUCAAAGACCUACUUUCCGGCCCCCUGCCAAUUGACGACCUAUUAAUUUUCCUAACAAAAUUUAUAAAUUUGGUUCUGUCGGGCGCCUCUCCACCCACGUUUCGGGGUACAUCAGGGUUCUAUCCUUAG